CGAGCGUUUCGGCUCUCAAAAGGUUGGUGCCACCCGGUGGUAGCAGACGCGGCUACCAACGCAACUUGGGACGCUGCAUUUUGUCUGCAAAGUGCUGCAUUUUCGCUGCAAAGUGCUGCAUUUUGUCUUCAAUGUCGCAGUCUGACGAGAGUGAAGUGUAUGAGGUGGAGAGAAUACUGAAGUAUCGGACCCGACGCCAAGGCAAAAGAAAGAUCGGCGAGUAUCUUAUAAGAUGGAAAAACUUUGGUCCGAGUGAAGACACCUGGGAACCUAGAAAAAACCUCGUCGGAUGUGAAGCACUCCUGAAAGAGUUUGAAGAAAACUUGGCCAAAGCAGGGGAUGUACUGGAACCGGAGCCAAGGAAUGAUGAUGGGAUAGAACUGAUGCCCGCACCUCCGCCACAGAAGUCUCCUAGACAUUUCAACAGUGUAUUGGAGGCAUCAGCGAGCAAGACGUUGGAAGCUGCGGAGAUAAUUACUCGAAGGCGUCUGCAAAUUGAACAAUGGCAGAAGGACAAAAAUGGUAGCAAGAAUGAACCCAAUGCUGAACAAGUGACUCAACGCAUGCCCCCAAGGAUUUAUUAUGUGCUGUAUCGGGUCGCCUUUCUGGGCCUUUUCAUGCUUUUCGUGAUCCUUGCUGUAUACAUCAAGGGAGGUGAUGUUUCUGGGAACAUGGAGCAGCUGUUCUCAUUAUAGAAAAUGAAUUAAGAAGAAGGAACCCUCUUGGGCUGCUUUAUGUGGGUCUGUAUUUUAUAGCGAUGCCUUCUGUGAUGCUCAUUGUCUUUUGUACCUCGUCAGUGUGCAUUGCAACAGUGUGCCUAAGUUGUCAGCAGGAUCGGUUGGCAAGACCUAACUAGCACAGAGUCUAUACUCUGUUCCAGAAGUUCCGUGCAGCAGAUUCAAGGCUACACGACUCUCGAACGCAGGUUGUUGCGAAGCAAGAUGUAGUGCCCCGUAUACAUAGCCCGUUUUUUGUCCUCGUGACUUUUGCAAGCGGUCUCGUCGGAGAAUUUUUACUUAAAGGCUUCUCUGCGUAUUGUAGCUGUGAUUUGUAUGAUGAUUUUGUUGCAUUUUUUGUAGAAAACUAUUUUUGUGGCUUCAUGAUACUGAAGAAAGAUUUCCUGCUUGCACUUGCUAUAACAUGCAAAUGACGAAAGAAAUAAUGCUGUUGUGGCUCGUAUGUGUCAUGUUUUUACUUACAAAGUAUGAAGGAAUGGUACGACACUGUCUAAACUUUUAUGAGUAGUCCGCACAGCCCGAGUGUCCACAGCGUCGGGGAGGACCCAGUCUUGGGUUGUGAUUAGUCUGCUGUGGCAGAUUUGGUCACUCCUGUCAAAAUGGCGGCGCCUGGUUCACCUGUGUGAUAUCGUUCCCGGAUCAACUUUUACUACAAGGGAGGGGAGCAGUUGUCUCUAAAUGUGUUCGGGACACUGCGUAAGGAGGGCGGCAGAAAUGCCAGCAUGAGCUCUCUCAUUAAGAGACCGGCUGCAUUCACCAACAUCAGCGAGCGUGCGCUGUACAAGUGGGUAGUGAAGCACGAUAAGCACGGCGAGGCACUGAGAAUAGAGCCAUCAUUUUGUGUCGACCGCGAGUGGCACUUCGUUUAUAAAAUCUGACGAAUCGUGAUGCUUUCAUAUUCAAUUUGGCUAGUGCGGCGCUUUCCACCGAAACAUGAGCCACUGAACCCUAUCCCUCAAAUGCGUACGUGCAAGUGUCUCCAAGACGCGUGCUUUUACGGUGCCGAGGAAAAUAUUUAACAGUUUUCACAAUUACAGCUCAACUCACUGCACAGUUGCACAGUAUCCCGAGAUGCUCUUGCCGCUUUCGCUGCAGCGCACGUUGCUAGCGGACGACAGGGCGCGGAAGGAUACACUUAGAUGUGCUUGCCCUCCUGAUUGGUUGAGAAGGCCUGUAGCCUCCACAGUGCUGCACGGAACUUCUGAAACAGAGUAUAGCCAAAGGCAUCAUACAAGAUGUUUCGAAAAUGUGUCCAAUGAUUCUCGAAAAAGGGGACUCUGACAUUUUCUCGCUUACUUCAGCAUUUUCAGUUUCUGUUAUGGUCUCCCUCCAUGUUUUGUGUUAUUUUUAUGGGAGAAAUAAAGCUAUCACCACCACCACCCACACCUUAGUAUGACUUGAGACAUUGAUUCAGGCCGAGCCGCCAUGGUGGUUUAAGGAUUAUGAUGCUUGGCUGCUGACCCGCUGGUCAUGGGCUCAAUCGCGACCAUGGUGGCCUCAUUUUUGAUAGAAGCGAAAUUCUAGAGAUGUGUGUACUUAGAUUUAGGUGCAUGUUGAAGAACCUUAGUGGAUCAACAUGUACCUAAAUGCAGCAGUUAUGUGAAACGUGUUGAUUAACUUUUUAAUUCGAGGAGACAAGUGCUAGGGUCGAAUGGGACAAUUCGAAUGAAAUCAAGUUAUAUUUCUCUUGAGAGAGGAGGAGGCAGAAAUAAAAAUUGUGAGUACAGCUUCACAGCCGUCCCUACCCCCUUUGUUAUUGGUAUGACAUGGCAGAGCACGCAGGUUAUACAUGAUGGAUACAUUGAACAUAGUGUACAAUCUAAAGUAUUUCUUUUUAAAAUAUAGUUUGGUACAAACAAGGAUACACUGCAAUAUAGACAAAAAGAUUACACAUACUUCUCAAACCCAAACAUAAAGACAAUAAAGUGGAGCUGUGCGAAUAGCAAAAUUUUUGGUGUGAAGCAAAUUCAAAUGUUGAACUGUGAGUGUGAAUCGUAUAGAAUAUUUUUUAAAUAUUUCUCAGACAUUGAUAUAAUAUUUUUUAAUACUUUCUAGCGAAAUUGCAAAAAAAAAAAAAAGGUUGGAGAAGACUCAGCAUAUUCUUAUGAGAUAGAAACAUGGAAGUGUUUCCUUGGGUGAGGUUGAAAUGUUAGUGGGGGGGGGGGGGGGGGUGUUUCAUAGUUGUCUUAUCAAGAAUUGGGCAAUGAAGAGGUUGAAAUAUGUUUAUUUACAGGGAUGGGGAAGGGUUGAAAAGUUCCCAGGCCACUAUCCCAGGUAUUACUAUGAGAACGUGGCCUUGGAAUUUUGACCAUCCCCUGUACAAGAUUUGGGGCACAGCUAGUGUUGCUAACAAUUUUCAUGUGAAAAGCAGAUUCCAUUUAUUUGGCCUCUUCUACUCUAUUAAAAUGACACUAAAGUCAAACACUAAGUCGAUGUUGAUUGCUGAAAUAGCGGUCCAGAAACCUCUUAAUGCUACGUUUGUGCCAAGGAAGUGCUCAUUUUGAAAUAAAGUUAUGUUUUAGUGGUCCGCAUUGCGUUAGCAUACUUCAAAUUACUCACUUCAAGUGGAACCUUUCACGUCACUUUUUUGCACACAACGUUGCCCGGCUUUACUGCGCUGCCAACAGCACUAGUAGCAGCAGAGCGAAAGUAGUGGGAGUCACAGCAGCAAUAAUAGCCAUUGAAAAAUUUUCUGCCAUGGCCUCCAAGAUGGCAGGUGUGCUUGGUUCAACUGGGCUCUGCUGGAUGGCAUGACCUGUCCAGUUUAACCAGGUGAAAAUUGAACUUUUGAACCAGUUGCACCGUUCUCCACAGUUACGUCUGGCAGUUCUUUUUUCCAUGAACCGAACAGAAACGAACAAGCAGCAUUUUAUAACGUUUCUUGAUGCACUGAAAGUUUUUUAUUUAGUGCAGCUGGUUUGAUUACUAGUGAUUAAUUGUAGGCAGUGACUCUGAUAUCAUCGGGAUCAUUUUGUAAAUGUGCUACUCAUGGUGUAUGUGUUCUUGUGCAUUUACCUUAAUUUCUCGUUAAGUAGGGCACCUCUGUUGAUAAUAUUGUCGCUUUAGACAUUGUCAUACAUUGAGCUUUCACUCUGACAUAAAUUUUUAUUUGACUUUAGUGUUGCUUUAAUUUCUGUGGAUCCUCAAAUGAUGUGGUGGACAGGGGUGCUCGCUUAUAGUCUUGAUUUCUAAGGCAGCCUCGUAAAUGUCAAUACAUCAGAAAUUUUAGAUGCUACAAAUUUCGGGUGUGUGAUUUUUCGAACUCCCGGCCCAAGUUCCAGGUCCUAAACAGGAUCAGUUGAGCCCCCACUUCUGCCCAUCUACGUAUAAUCUCCAUGUUGGAACCAACGUUUUUUCGAGCCAAUGCAUUCACAAGUGUAGUAGCGCCUGAAAGGCAACUUUGCUGCAAUGCGAGAUUGUGAUGGGUUGAAGCAUGUUUAAAAUCUGAAAGGGUCAUCAAAUACAAUCGGACGUUGACCGUAUUUGUCUUUGGUAAGUUGGAAUAGUAAAUUUCCAGUGCCAAUCAAAUUGAAUAGCAAAAAUUAUUCAAAAAAUAUUUGAAAUUUUGAAUAUUUACACAUAUCUAAAGUAAAAUAACAAUAAUAAUAUAGAAAUGAUUUUUUAACAGAAAUUGAAAUAUGGUAGUAAUUCAACAAUACACCGUACACGAUAACACUCCUAUGUUGGAUGUUAUGCCUGUACACUUUAUUUAGCUAUUCCUGACAAGAAGAGUGAUUUUAAUUAACAUAACGGGUCAAAUGAUUUGUGUUGUAACCUGUUAAGUAAAUGGGGAAAUGUAUAAGAUAAAGAUUCUUUGUAAUCGUUUGCUCAUGGGCUGGGUAUAUUGUCAUAAUUAUUUGUUGCUUGUGCAUUGUAUACUUUAUUUGCAUUUUCGAUAAUUCUUGCAAAUCUUUUCUUUUUUGUAAUAAAUGUAUUUUAAUCAUGUA